UCGCUCGAAAUGUCAAAAUUGUUGCAUGGCGGCCGCUAGAAUAAAUACAACACAUUCUGCUAGUAAAAUUUUAAUGAAAACCGUCAGAAAAUGUUAGUUACGGACAUAAAUAAUGUGAAAAUCUACAACCUCAGUGGAGGCAAAUCUGUUCCACAAUGGCUCACAGAACGUAAGCAGAAAAAGGCGUCGAAGAAAAAUCCCGACGCCGAUCGACAUAUCGAGCUUAUACAGGACUUUGAUAUGCCUGGAGUUGCUUCGUGCAUUGCCAUCUCACCGGACGGACAAUACAUUUUGGCUACCGGAACGUACAAACCGCGCGUGAAGUGUUUCGAAGUGUGCAACUUGUCACUAAAGUUUGAGCGAUGUUUCGAUUCGGAGGUAGAAAAGUUUGCCAUCCUCUCGGAUGAUUAUAGCAAGAUUGCGUUCCUGCAUGCGGAUCGGUAUGUGGAGAUACAUGCUGCGGCCGGUCGGCACUAUCGGUUGCGCAUUCCAAAGUUUGGACGAGAUUUAGUUUACCACAAGCCAACGUGUGAUUUGCUGUUUGUUGGAACAUCACCGGAAAUUUAUCGGCUGAACAUGGAGCGCGGACAGUUCUUGCUACCUUACGCAAGCGAAACGGCAAGUGCGAUCGAUAGUAUUACGAUCAAUCCGGAACAUCAGCUCGUGUGUGUUGGUACGCAGGAUGGCACGAUCGAAGCGUGGGACUAUCGGGAUAAGAAAUGUUGCGGCACACUUGAUGUGGCUGCAAAUUUGCAAAGCACGAAAGACAUGGCAGCUGUAACGGCGCUACAAUUUAAAACUGGCCUUACACUAGCGGCCGGAACUUCUACCGGACAUGUGAUGCUGUUCGAUAUUCGUGCCCGCAAUCCAAUCGCAGUCAAAGAUCAUCUCAAUCAAUUGCCGAUCAAAAAGAUACGCUUUCAAACGGAUCAAAAUUCGGUUUACUCGCUCGAUUCGGCUAUGCUGAAGAUUUGGGACGAAACGUCACUGAAGCAGAAAGCGUGCAUAGAAUCACGCAGUAAUUUUAACGAUUUUGCCCACUUCCCCGGUAGUGGAUUGUUUAUGUUUGCACAGGAAGAUACGAAAAUGUUACCGUAUUACAUCCCAAGCGAAGGACCCGCACCGAAGUGGUGCUCGUUCUUGGACAAUCUAGUGGAGGAAAUAGCGUCCGAAUCGGUACAGAACGUCUACGACGAUUACAAGUUUAUCACGAAGCAGGAACUUGCGGAACUGAAGCUCGAUCAUCUGGAGGGUACGCAGAUGUUGCGCGCUUACAUGCAUGGAUUCUUCAUCAACAUCCGCCUGUACAACAAAGCUAAAGCCGUCUCGGAUUCGUUCGCAUUCGAUGGAUUCCGAAAGGAGAAGAUUCGCAAACAGAUUGAAGCAAGCCGUCCGGCACGUCUUCAGCUAAAGUCCGCUCUGCCGAAGGUGAACCGUGAGCUGGCCCAACAUCUCAUGCAGGAGGAACACAUGAGCAAUGCGAAACGUAGCGCCAUCGCGAAGGGAUUGCUCGGUGACGAUCGGUUCAAGCAGAUGUUCGAUAAUCCGGACUUUGAGAUCGAUAAGCAGGCGGAAGACUAUCGGCUGCUGAGUGCAGUGUUGAAGCGUGCCGAUCGUGAUAAGGCUAGAAGGAAGGAGAAUGUGGUCGUUACGGGGUUGGACGAGGAAGAGGAGGGCAAGAGCACGGAUGAUGAUUUGUACAGCGAGAAGAGUGAAAGCGAAAAGGAAGAAACGGAUGAGGAAAUGCAGGAAGUGGAAGUUCCGGUGCGUAAGAAGGUGAACGAACGUCGUGGUAAAACAGCUGUUAGGGAGAUUCCUAUGGCCAAGCACGAGGAAGAAGCAGAAGACGGCGGGAACGAAUUUUCCUUAAAUGUAGAAGAAGGAGCCAACUUUGACAUCAUACAGCCGGCCAAGAAAAUACAAUCCGUUUCCCUUGGCAAGCGGGUCAAUAAGCUGGAACACGCCACCACAAACGUCCUGUUCCAGAAUGGUGUCGGUCGACGGGAAAUUACCUUCACAACGACCGGCCGCUCGAAGGAUGGCAAAAGUGGACAAGACCGGGAACGGGCCCGCUACCAAUCGGAGCUGAAAAAACACAAAGAAGAACGUCGGCAGGUGAUUCGUUCGGCAAAGGGCGUAAUCAAAAAGACGAUCAUGAAGAAACACUAA